CGUCGGCACGCGCAGACAGCAGGGAGCAGCUGCAGCAAGAAGACCGCGUUGCAUUUCACUGCAUUGCAAGUGACAUUUUCGCAUUUCUUUCUAAAACUUAGAAUAACGUCUUCACCAACGACACUUAAAAAUGGUAGAUCGUGAGCAGCUGGUUCAGAAAGCCAGGUUGGCUGAACAGGCUGAAAGAUAUGACGAUAUGGCAGCUGCCAUGAAAUCGGUGACGGAACUGAAUGAGGCUCUGUCCAAUGAGGAGAGGAACCUGCUGUCGGUAGCCUAUAAGAACGUGGUGGGGGCACGGCGCUCCUCCUGGCGGGUCAUCUCCAGCAUCGAGCAGAAGACCUCGGCCGACGGCAACGAGAAGAAGAUCGAGAUGGUGCGGGCCUACCGCGAGAAGAUCGAGAAGGAGCUGGAGGCCGUGUGCCAGGAUGUGCUCAACCUGCUGGACAACUACCUGAUCAAGAACUGCAGCGACACGCAGCACGAGAGCAAGGUCUUCUACCUGAAGAUGAAGGGCGACUACUACCGCUACCUGGCCGAGGUGGCCACGGGUGAGAAGAGGGCCACGGUGGUGGAGUCCUCCGAGAAGGCCUACAGCGAGGCCCACGAGAUCAGCAAGGAGCACAUGCAGCCCACCCACCCCAUCCGCCUGGGCCUGGCCCUCAACUACUCCGUCUUCUACUACGAGAUCCAGAACGCCCCCGAGCAGGCCUGCCACCUGGCCAAGACCGCCUUCGACGACGCCAUCGCCGAGCUGGACACCCUCAACGAGGAUUCCUAUAAAGACUCCACCCUCAUCAUGCAGCUACUCCGCGACAACUUGACACUGUGGACGAGCGACCAGCAGGACGACGAGGGAGGGGAGGGCAACAAUUAAGAAUAACGCCGCGCGCUCACACACACACACACGAGAAAAAAAAAUUAAAAUUAAAAAGGGCCGGUGGACUUUGGCAGUCGCUUUUGCCGAUGAUACUACCGCAGCAGCAGUUCUUUAUUUUUCCACGAGUUUAAAGAAAAAAAAAUUCAAAUAAAAAAGAGCGGUUUGAGAGGAGGUUAAAUGUUAGUUAAAAUACAUAUAGUUAAAAAAAGUGAAAACCCCUCCCUCUUGAUUGCCUCUUUGACAUUUGCCAAAACACCACUUAGAGGAAAAAGUCAGUCAGUCAAGGGGGGCUGUUGGGUUGGAGCGGCAGCCUCAGACUGGCACAUGGACUGUUGUUGUAUUGCAGAAAAAGUGGAGCUGCUUAUUUAACUUUAGGGGUGAGGGAGAAGCAUUAGAAACAGUAGGGAGAUACAAAGCUUGAGCAAAAACUUGAAUGUCAUCGCCUCGCAGAAAAAAAAAAAAAAA